UUUCUAGGAGACGGCGCCCGCCGGCUGCGCCUGCGCGGUUGACGCUGCGAGGGGGCGGGCUGACGGGCCGCGGCGCUGGCCGGCUGGUAGUUCCCUUUGGGCCUGGGUCGUUGGGCCUGCCCGGGUUCUCUCGCUCCAUGGUACGCCUGUGAGUCACGUUGCCGGCGGACGUCUCCUCGGGAUGGAGCACAUCCGUACGACCAAGGUUGAGCAAGUGAAAUUACUUGACCGAUUCAGUACCAGCAACAAGUCACUAACAGGAACGCUCUAUCUUACGGCCACACAUCUAUUAUUUAUAGACUCUCAUCAGAAAGAAACCUGGAUAUUGCACCACCAUAUUGCCUUAGUAGAGAAACUAGCUUUGACUACUUCUGGAUGCCCACUGGUGAUUCAGUGCAAGAACUUCAGGAUUGUGCAUUUCAUUGUUCCCAGAGAAAGAGAUUGCCAUGAUAUUUAUAAUUCUUUGCUACAGCUGUCAAAACAAGCAAAAUAUGAAGAUCUCUAUGCAUUCUCUUACAAUCCCAAACAAAACGAUUCGGAACGACUACAGGGUUGGCAGCUCAUUGACCUUGCCGAGGAAUAUAAGAGGAUGGGAGUGCCGAAUUCAAACUGGCAGCUGUCUGAUGCCAACCGAGAAUACAAGAUUUGUGAAACUUAUCCCAGAGAACUUUAUGUUCCCCGAAUAGCAAGCAAACCAAUAAUUGUUGGUAGUUCCAAGUUCCGGAGCAAGGGAAGAUUCCCAGUUCUUUCCUAUUAUCAUCAAAAUAAAGAGGCUGCCAUUUGUCGAUGUAGUCAACCACUAUCAGGAUUCAGUGCCAGGUGCCUGGAGGAUGAACAUUUGCUUCAAGCCAUUAGUAAAGCCAAUCCAGUCAAUCGCUAUAUGUAUGUCAUGGAUACCAGGCCCAAACUGAAUGCAAUGGCCAACAGAGCAGCUGGAAAAGGUUAUGAAAAUGAAGACAACUAUUCUAACAUUAGAUUUCAGUUUGUUGGAAUUGAAAAUAUUCAUGUCAUGCGGUCCAGCCUUCAGAAAUUAUUGGAAGUCAAUGGUACCAAAGGGCUUUCUGUCAGUGAUUUCUACUCUGGUUUGGAGAGCUCAGGAUGGCUUCGCCAUAUCAAAGCUGUUAUGGACGCUGCAAUCUUCUUAGCCAAAGCAAUAAUGGUUGAAAAUGCAAGUGUGUUGGUACAUUGUUCUGAUGGUUGGGAUAGGACUUCCCAGGUUUGUUCACUUGGCUCUCUUUUAUUGGAUUCCUACUACAGGACAAUCAAAGGAUUCAUGGUUUUAAUAGAAAAGGAUUGGAUCUCUUUUGGACAUAAGUUUUCAGAGAGGUGUGGCCAUUUGGAUGGUGACCCAAAGGAAGUCUCACCGGUGUUUACUCAGUUCUUGGAGUGUGUGUGGCAUUUGACUGAACAGUUCCCACAAGACUUUGAAUUCAAUGAAGCGUUUCUUCUUCAGAUCCAUGAACAUAUUCACUCAUGCCAAUUUGGAAACUUCCUUGGAAAUUGUCAGAAGGAAAGAGAAGAGCUCAAGUUAAAGGAAAAGACUUACUCCCUGUGGCCAUUUCUCCUGGAUGACCAAAAGAAGUACUUAAAUCCUCUCUACAGUUCCAAAUCUCCGAAAUUUGCAGUUUUGGAGCCAAAUACAGUAUCUUUCAAUUUUAAGUUUUGGAGAAACAUGUACCACCAAUUUGAUCGAACAUUACAUCCUAGACAGUCCGUGUUUAAUAUAAUUACGAAUAUGAAUGAGCAAAAUAAGCAGUUAGAGAAAGAUAUUAAAGACUUAGAAUCUAAAAUUAAGCAACGUAAAAAUAAGCAAACAGAUGGAAUUCUCACCAAGGAAUUGUUACAUUCAGUUCAUCCUGAAUCACCUACCCUCAAAACUUCUUUGUGUUUUAAGGAGCAAACUCUGUUGCCUGUGAAUCAUGCUCUUCGAACUAUAGAGGGCAGCAACCCAGCAGAUAAUCGUUACAGUGAAUACGCUGAAGAAUUCUCCAAGUCGGAACCUGGUGUGGUCAGCUUAGAGUAUGGUGUGGCCAGAAUGACCUGUUAGAUCCGUAGAGUAUUUUCUGGACUGACUGUAGUGCAAGAAUUGGAUUCUUGUGAGAAUGAUGUGCGCAUGACCAAAAGGAAUUUGUCAAAUAAUGAUCUUAGAGUUUAAUAGUUGAAGAAAGGAUAAUAACUGCUCUUGUGAGAGAAGUAAGUCCGUUUAAUUGCAUUUCCAGCAGGGAAUGACUUUUAAGUUCUUUAAGAAACGAGUGGUGUUGGCAGUUUUAUUCAAAACACAGUUUGUACUGUAUACUAGUGAAUUGACAUUUCUGUAUGAUUUAUAUGUUAAUUACAGCCAAACAAUUCUGAAUAACCUUCCUUAACUGUAACUUAAUUGCCAGGAAACAAAACUCGACAAAGUUCUCCCUUAAUAAUUGACAUGGCAUGUACUUUUGAUUAUAUAACUCUGUAACUAUGGAUAUUUACAUAUUUUGCCUAUUAGUGAUGUUUAAUGUUGAAGUGCCAUG